AUGCCAACUGACACUGUAAGGGGUAUCAAGAAGAAACGUAAUCGAAAAAACAUUUCUUAUAUAGCUCCAUCAUUGAAUAUAACACUUUUUCAAGAAAGCAAGCAAUUCUUAACUCAGAACAACGCAAGCAUCAAACAAUGUUGUAAAUUGAAAUUUCAUUCAUUUCUCUCCCAACUUCAACUUUCAGACACAGUGGUUACUCACGUUAAAACAUUUUGUUCAAGUCUUCCAAACUAUAGUAUUCUUUCAGAUUGUGAUAAAUCCCAGGUAGAUGAAAUAUUGAUAAAGAUGUGCAGGAAACAUAUAAGUCAAAUAUUUGUGAACGCAAAAAAGAAGGCGAAACUUCGUAGAAGAUCUGGAGUCUCAAAGCAAAAAUUCAGACAACCUUUUUGA